AGGUCAUCCCGUCCUAUUUGUUCUAUAAUUCUUCUCCAACCUUAGCUUUUACUUAAAUGGCAGGAGUAGGGUAUAGUGUCUAGCCGUAAGAGAUCAGGAGGUUUCUACCAAAUCUACUUGGAAUUUUUUGCUGAAGGCAGGGAGAACAGAUGCAAGGGAAGAGGGUUGGUAGGGUGAGGAGAAGGCUGACAGAGAAAAGAUGAAGGCAGAGGUGAGGUUUUACAGAGAAAGUUAAGCCAUGUGAGCAGAAAGAGACCUCCAAGUUCCACUUUGUCCAACACCCUGGUUUUACAAAUGAGGAAACAGAGGCUCAGAGAAGUGAGAUGACUUGCCCAACAUCACACUGCUACUUCGCGCCAGACCUACAGCUAGACCCCAGAUCAAAAGAGAAAGGGACUGGAGGGGAAUGUGUAUUCAAGGCUUGAAAGAGAUAUUCUCCAGAAGAGGAGGAAAGAGACUGAGAUCCCACAGAAAGAACUAGUGAUAUAGACCACCAUUAAAGGCUUGUGGUAUGAAGAUAGAGGAGCAGGAUGAGAAGGUGCCUGGAAAGUGAUAUAGGCUGGUAGUCUCAGUCAGUAGAGGUUCCAGACCUGACUCUGCUAUUUACCAGCUUGGGUCUCAAUUUCUGAAUGGACCCUAUAGGAUCUUUGUGAAAGUCAGUCUCAUAAACGAAUACUUGUAACACAGUGCUUGACCAAUACUUAAUAAGUCUUUGUUACAGUUGUUGUAUUACCUUAGAAGAGGAAAGAUCCCUGCCUGUGGGUUGGGGUAUGGCCAAGAUGACCCUGUGGGGAUAUAGGGCAGAGGUCCAGUGACUCCAGAGACCAUUCCUCCCUCUGCUGCUUGCAGCUGAUAAACUUCUUAUCUGGCCAAGACAGGGGAGUCCAGGGCCAGGAUAGGAGGAGGGGGCAGGGCUGCUAUCAGCCAGCAGGCCUGGGCCCUAUCUCAGAGAAGGGGAGGGACUGUCUGCUUGGCUCUUCCCACAACGCACUCCUUGGGGAUCCCCAAGCACUCACUCUCAUCUUGGGAAGAAAAGACAGAGAUCAUAAAACUGAGAACAGAGGAGGAAAGCAGGCAUGAUCUCUGAUGUUGCCCCAGGAAAUGGGGGGAAACCCCCCAGAAGACAUAGCUUCUGUCCCAGCCAGUGAUACAAUUCUGGGGAGAAAGAGGUAGGGAAAAGAGAAGGUAUCGUGUCUGAAAAAAAAGGUAAAGACCUGAUGUGCUCCCAAAGGAACUGACUACAGCCAUAGCAGGUUGCUGGGGCCAUUCGGGCUUUGGGGGACCCUGGACCAGGCCCUGGCCCUGGCCCAGUAGGAUGCCCCCGUGUCCUCCCCAGCAGGGCAGGAAUAGGGUGACACAGCUGCCCACCCCGGAGCUGGGCGAGAUGGAACUAACGUGGCAAGAGAUCAUGUCCAUCACUGAGCUGCAGGGCCUAAAUGCUCCAAGUGAGCCAUCGUUUGAGCCCCCAGCCCCACCCCUGUACCCUGGACCCCCACCACCCCCAACUUAUUGUCCCUGCUCAAUCCAUCCAGAUGCUGGCUUCUCCCUUCCUCCACCACCUUAUGAGCUCCCAGUAACCUCAGCUCAUGUCCCAGACCCUCCAUACUCUUAUGGUAACGUUGCCAUACCAGUCUCAAAGCCACUGACCCUCUCAGGUCUCCUCAGUGAGCCCCUCCCAGAUCCCUUAGCCCUCCUGGAUAUUGGGCUACCAGCUGGGCCACCCAAGCCCCAAGAAGACCCAGAAUCUGACUCAGGAUUAUCCCUCAACUAUAGUGAUGCUGAAUCUCUUGAGCUGGAGGGGACAGAGGCUGGUCGGCGACGCAGCGAGUAUGUAGAGAUGUACCCGGUGGAGUACCCCUACUCACUUAUGCCCAACUCCUUGGCCCACCCCAACUAUGCCUUGCCACCUGCUGAGACCCCCUUAGCCUUACAGCCCUCCUCAGGCCCUGUGCGGUCCAAGCCCACUGCACGGGGGGAGGCAGGGAGUCGGGAUGAGCGUCGGGCCCUGGCCAUGAAGAUCCCCUUCCCCACGGACAAGAUUGUUAACUUGCCAGUAGAUGACUUUAAUGAGCUGUUGGCACGGUACCCGCUAACAGAAAGUCAGCUGGCAUUAGUCCGGGACAUUCGACGUAGGGGCAAGAACAAGGUGGCUGCCCAGAACUGUCGUAAGAGGAAGCUGGAGACAAUCGUGCAGCUGGAGCGGGAACUGGAGAGGCUCAGCAGCGAGCGGGAGCGGCUACUCAGGGCCCGAGGGGAGGCCGACCGGACCCUAGAGGUGAUGCGCCAACAGCUGACCGAGCUGUACUGUGACAUUUUCCAGCACCUGCGUGAUGAAGCUGGCAACAACUACUCUCCUGAAGAGUAUGUGUUGCAACAGGCUGCUGAUGGGGCCAUAUUCCUGGUGCCCAGGGGGACCAAGAUUGAGGCCACAAACUGAGGGGGCCCAGCAUGGUGGUCCUGCUGAUUUCCUUCAUUCCCUUCUGAUAAAGGUAUUCCUGGACCCUGAGGCCCCUAAGGGGACUACAUUGAAAAACCUGACAUUUGUUGGGUCAAGGUGUGUUUAAUGAGGCUUGCCUUGAGGGAAGUAGGUGAGGGAAGGCUGGAAUUGUUUCCCAGGUCUCCAAUCUCCCCCUCUUGUUUAAGCUUUGGCAUAUAAAGCCCUCCACAGAAAGAGCCUUCCAUUGUGUCUUCCUUCUUCUACUAGUGUGUAUAGAAACAUAUACUUUUCUUUUCUGACAUAAUUUUCUUGAGAGUAAUUUUUAGAUGCCACAUCAAAGUUUAAACUUCCCUGACACCAUACUUCUGUAUCUUUGAAGUGUGGUUCCCAGUCUUCUCUGGGUCUAAAUUACACAAGCUACAUUAUUUGGGGAAUUUUGCUUCUAUGUAUUCUAUUUGACUUUACCAGCUCCAUUCCAAUCGGGAAACCUUACUUCCAGCUUCAGCUAACACACUACAGUUUUAACAAAAACAGAAGGAAAAGUGAUCUAAAGAGAUGUGGAAUCUUCAUACCUAUACAUUUUGAAAAACAUGGUUUUCUGUCCAGGUUUAGGGAAUUUAAAGUAACUUAAGGUUUUUACUCUAUGCCUGGUAGAUCUGAAGACUGUCCAACUCGUCAACUUUGUUUCCUCAAAAACGUAGGAUCAAACUGUAAAAGGCAUGGCCUGACGCUAUCUAUUCAGUUUAAUUAGUCCACCUAAGGGACAUCAUACUAAUUCACUCUAGCCAGUCUCACAAAAGUAAUUCAGAGGCAAAUUUAGACCCUUAGUCAACAAAAAUUUACAAAGCACCUAAUAAGCUCUGCAGUGGAGACCAUGUACCUAAGGCAGAAGGUGGACAUGGUUUUGCAGCAUGAACUAGGGUAUCAGUUUUCAAGAACUUGAACAGGGAAAUGAUCUUCCUCUUGUAAACUGUAUCUGUAAAGCACCCCUCACAAAGUACAGAAUGUAAUAGAUGUAUUAAGUUUUUCAGUAAGAAUGCUUUGUCAACUCAAUAAAUUGCUAAUUUAGUGAAUCUCCGGUAGCCCUUGUCCUGUCUUCCCAAGUCUUUGAGAAACCACAUUUAGUCUUAAGUGGAGAUAAAGUAGCAAAGUGGCUGACCUAUGGAUUCACAUACCUCACCAACCCCCUCAAUGAGGCUGUGUGACCUCCUUCCCUCCUGAAAACGGCAGGGGAAAGUUAUGAGCUUGCUAAAAUUGCUUCUAAAAAUAUUUCGGAUUCAUCACCUUUGAGAAACUAAGAUUUCUUCUCCUUCCCAUAUUCUUUCCCCUGGCUUGACUUCUUCGAAGCCUAAGAUAGCUGGCCCAUACAUGCUUGUCCACCAAAGAUGACAUCCACUAUGCCCCUCCAGAACUUAGUAGGUUCAACUCUCAGAAGACAGUGGUAGGUAGCUCUGGCUUUUUUCAAUUUGUUUUUCUCUUGCCAGGGGAACUAGAAAAAGGGUAUGUACAAAUGUGGAAAAAAUAGGUUAACAGUUUACUUCCAACAGGGACAGGGCUUAGUACUGCAAGUGGGAACCAUUUCUCAGAUCCCACUAAACAAUAGUACAUUCGAUGAGAUAAACUUUCCUAAGGUCCUGCUCCUUUAGACUGACCCUGCUAAAAAACUUUUGCUGACACCUGGAUGUAAUUAUCU